GCCCACAACACACAUCAAUAUUGUACAUUUAUUUCUCUAAACGCAAUUUAAAUGAUUAAACGAAUUUCUGCUAAUUUUGUCAUUUCGAGAAGAAUUGAAACAACCGUUGGAUUCACUUUCAAUCAAAGCUUAAUAAUUGAAAAAUCUAGCAGAUUACACUCCACGUGGUCCAGUCCACCAUCUUCUUCGUUUACUCCUUCCUACAUCGAUAUUAUACACACAUGCGUGUGUAUUGGAUCUCACGAUUUCUUAUCAAUGGAACUCGCUUCUCUUUCUCAGAUCCCCAUCCAAAUCGUUUUAUAGGUAGAUUAGAUAGAUAAACUACGGAUAUACUCGAACUCUAUCCAUUUACGGUAUUGAUUUGGAAAUAUGGACAAGUAUGACGUUGUCAAGGAUCUGGGAGCUGGAAAUUUCGGUGUGGCUCGCCUUCUCAGGCACAAGGACACCAAAGAGCUUGUUGCCAUGAAAUACAUCGAGAGAGGUCGCAAGGUUUGUUUUUUUCCUUUUUGUUCUUACUAUUUUUGGGUUCUUUCUGUUUUGAAUUGGGGUUUAAAGUUUUUACUUUUAGCUCAGUGUGUAUGUUCAAAUUCAUUAUUUGAAGUCUCCUUGCUAUACAUUUGUAGGAAAAUUUGAGAAAUUUGGGGUUUUGAUAACAACAGAUCAAAAUGAUGAUGAUAAUUUAGUUUUGGAUUGUUUGGUAUAUAUUGAUCAUGGAUUGCAGAUAGAUGAGAACGUGGCGAGAGAGAUUAUUAAUCACAGAUCACUUAAACAUCCUAAUAUCAUCCGGUUCAAGGAGGUGAUCCUGACACCUACUCAUCUUGCUAUUGUGAUGGAGUAUGCUUCUGGAGGAGAGCUCUUUGAUCGAAUCUGUACUGCCGGUAGAUUUAGUGAAGCUGAGGCUAGGUACUUCUUUCAACAGCUGAUUUGUGGUGUUGAUUACUGCCAUUCCUUGCAAAUAUGUCAUAGAGACCUGAAGCUUGAGAACACACUGCUCGAUGGGAGCCCUGCUCCGCUUUUGAAAAUCUGUGAUUUUGGUUACUCUAAGUCAUCUAUACUACAUUCUAGGCCUAAAUCAACUGUUGGAACUCCAGCUUACAUAGCACCUGAAGUUCUUUCACGGAGAGAAUAUGAUGGCAAGCACGCGGAUGUGUGGUCAUGUGGAGUAACCCUUUAUGUGAUGCUGGUGGGAGCUUACCCGUUUGAGGACCCUAAUGAUCCAAAAAACUUCAGGAAAACAAUCCAGCGCAUAAUGGCUGUACAAUACAAGAUCCCGGACUAUGUUCACAUAUCUCAGGAAUGCAAACAUCUUCUCUCUCGCAUAUUCGUCACUAACUCUGCUAAGAGAAUCACACUUAAGGAGAUCAAGAAUCAUCCGUGGUACUUGAAGAAUUUGCCAAAGGAGCUGCUAGAGUCGGCUCAAGCGGCGUAUUACAAGAGAGACACAAGCUUCUCUCUUCAAAGCGUAGAGGACAUAAUGAAGAUAGUUGGAGAAGCAAGGAAUCCAGCUCCAUCAACUAGUGCUGUCAAAAGCUCGGGCUCAGGAGCUGAUGAAGAAGAGGAAGAGGACGUUGAAGCUGAAGUGGAAGAGGAAGAAGAUGAUGAAGACGAAUACGAGAAGCAUGUCAAAGAGGCACAGUCUUGUCAAGAGUCUGACAAAGCUUAAAAAGAAAAAUGCUCUCUGUUUCUCUUACUUUAUUUCUUCUUCAAGAACACUCCUUGGUGAGUUGGUGACUUGCUUCUGGUAAAAAGAAAAACACAUUUGUCAAAGCCAAAGGCUGUAAACUACGUGCUGGUUGUUUCACUUUUAGAUUGAUGUCGUUGUACUGAGUAAUGAGCAUGAAACAGAAGGUUUAUAUUAUUAUAUGAUACUAUACUAUAGGUUUUCGUCUUUGUGAUGAUGAUUUCAG